UUAUAUUAAUUAGCACCUUGUUGUUGUUGUUGGGGUUUUUUUCUUUUUUCUUUUUUUCUUUUUUUUUGCAUACCAAAAAAGUCUAUAUUAUGUUUUUAUAAUUACCACCUUCAUUGCAAAUUCUAUUUCUAACAGAAAGCGACUUCAAACUUUUCAGAACAGCCACCAAAGUGAAACCUCCAGGACGUUUUAACAUUAAGUGUUUAUUCAAGUGGAGCACCUUGCCAUACGUUCAACACACUUUAUGGUGGGAGGAUCAAGGUUGCGUUGGAGGCACCGGCUAAUAUUUCACACGUUUCUAUGGUUACCAGUAACCUGGAGGAGGAUGUUGAUAAAAAUAGAUAUAAUAGAAAUUCGGCAGGCACCGAGACAUUUGCGCGGCAGCUCCGUGGUUAUACUGCAGCUAGUUUUGUGAAUUCGCAUAGUUUGAAGAAGUUUACAAACUUUUCAAGAUGGCGGGAUUUAUGUCGGCUUCCAUUUGGCUCAAGAUUGCCUUAAUAACCCUCCUCACCGGGACCCUGCUUUACGUGAUAGGGUUUGCAACGGUGUCGUGGAUGACCCUGUGGUCGGCAAGGCAGCACUGGGCUUAUGGUCUCUGGGAACAGCGUGCCUGCCACGGCGGCAGUUGCGGUACUGGGGCAGUCCGGUACAGAUACAGCGAAGACUGGCAACGUGCAACACAGGCUCUUGAAGUUCUAGGACUGAUCUGUAAUCUGCUAGCAUUACUCAUUCUACUGCUCUACAUGUUUGUCGACCAGUGCAGGAGAAGGAACGCUCUAAUUGCAACAAUUGUAUUCAUUUUUGCUGCUGUGUUCUUCAUCGUGGUUGGGAUCGCGAUAUUCGCCAUCAAACUGGAGGAGCGCGGCUUCAGCGUCGGCUGGUCCAUGGGCAUCGCCAUCGUCGGGGCGAUCUUCAUGUUCGUGGCAGGCAUCAUGAGCAUCCUCCACUCGCUCGGUCGUUAGCGGACCCCACCGACAUCACUAACACCACGACGUUCACUCGACUACAUUGUAAACAGUGGUUAUCUCAACUAAACAGAGCAUCUCCGUCAAAGUGCUAUACAUACGCAAUUAAUUUAUUUAAACAAAAACACGGGUUUUACCUUUUUCUUUUUGAAAAACAAAUUUUCAUUUAAAACCUCCACAAUUAAUGCUAAUCUUUCACAAUAUAAUGUAAAAACAAAUUAUUUAAAAAAAAAAAUAUAUAUAUAUAUAUAUAUAUAUAUAUUAUGUUUAUUUACACACACGUGUAUGUUAUGUAUGUUUCAGGAAUAGAACUAAAUUCAUGAAUAGAACAAUGCAUUGUUUUGUUUCUACAUGUUUAUUUUAAUUGCGUAAUUGCCAUUCUUUGUAUUCAGUAUUAUUGACUUACUAUUUAAAUGUUAACAACUUUAAAAAAUAAAGAACAGUCGGGCUGUUUUUUUAAUUAGUUUACAGUUAACACACAAAUAGUGAUACAAAAGGCGGAAAUGCACUGUUUAGUACCGUUAUCACAGUUAAAUGUAAUGUCGGGUAUCACACAGAUGAAGCGCAUGUUAUUAGAAAUGUUUAUGGGUGUAAUUUGACAGAAUGUUAAUGAAGUGAAACAGCUGGCUCAAUCUUCCUUAUAUGGGGAUAUAUAUUAUUUAGGACUCAUCAGUAAUUCAAAAGGUUAAAGCGACCAGAACAUGGAAUUUGGUCUGAGCACACAUUGUGUCUAGACUAUGGCGAGUGAGAUUUAUAGGGUGGGUGGACUAGGUUGAGACAAGUUCCGAUAGAAAAUGUUUUGAGAAAAUAAUUGCUUGAGCAGGGGACAUGGUAACUAAUUAGCGCAUGUUUUAAUAGCUUUCUUGGAAAGUUCUUUCGGACUGUCUUAAGUAGAAUCGAUUUUAGAUGCUGUAAUUAUUUCGACAUUUUUACUAUAUAUGCAAUAACACGUGGCGUACUUACUUUUUAAGUAAAAAAAGAGUUAAAUAUGCAUACGUGAAUUGUGAUUCGUUCGGUCUUACUAUAUGGGAUAGGAGGAUAGAAUUGCAAUGUCUUGGGGAGGUGGGUGUCACGUGAACGUCGCUACUAAGAUCCAAACAGGUUUACCCAUCUCAUUAAAAGUACAAAAUCGUCGGUAUUGUUCUUGAACAAAAUAUUAAUAUGAAGAAAAAAAGUUAAAAAAAAAAAAAAAAAAAAAUAUAACGUUUUGUUAGUCCCAUUCAUCGAUAGCAUUAAUGGACCUAUUUUUUCACUUGACAUAUUGUGUCUUUAAAGUGGGGGGGGGGGGGGGGGGGGGGGGUUUAACGGUCAUUCAUAAAGGGGUUGGGUUCUAAUGAAACAUAACAAUAAAUGACUGGAAGUAUACAUUAAAGGGACACACCCUAGUUCGUUUAUUUGUUAACCAUUACGGAAUUGUUUUUCGCUAUUAAACCCUAUUUUUCACAAAUAAAAUUGCACUU